CAAACCAAAAAUAAAUAAAUAAUAAUAAUAAUUAAAAGAGGAUAAAAUACCGAAGACGUAUAUUGUAUAAACUAUAAAGCACUUGGCCUAUUUUUCUCUCUCAUCUUCUUUCUCUCUCUAAAAGAAAUAGAAAAAAAAAAAAAAUUAAAGAAAAGAAAGAAAAAUGGUUCCUUGUAUAGCGGUAUAGGAACGGAGCAGGGUCGACGACUGCUCUCAUCACUUCCUCUGUAAAACCCUAAUUAUCGAUCCUUCUCUUUCUCUCUCUUUUCCAGCCCUACCUUUCUCUCUCUACAAUUUUCGAUCUUUUAUCCAAUAGAUCCACCUAAAUCAGGACAAGCGUACUGCUUUUUCUCUUUCUACAUCUCUUUCUCUCUAUCGUGUCUGCUUUUUUUUCGUUCUUUCUCUAGGUCUGACUCGAUUUUUCGUUUUACAUAGUCUUGGAAUCUCUCUCUCUGUCUAUUUGUGUUAAGCCCUCGAUCCGUGGAGGUUUUGGUUUUUGGGAAUUUUGAUUUCUAGGGUUUUUUUUUCCCCCUCUUUUUUCUCUUGCUAUUUGGUUAACGAGCAAGGCUGGCGGGUAUCAGGGAUAACUAAAUGGCGGAUCCGCCAGGUAUCUGCCUACUGGAUUUUGGUGUUGGAUUGGGUUUGAUAGGUUCUUACCAUUGUUGUGACGAUUAUAAUAGCUCCCAAGAGUGAAUAAAAGAAAAAGCAUGCUGAGCGUGCUGCGUGUGCACCUUCCUUCUGAUAUUCCCAUUGUAGGCUGCGAGCUCACGCCCUACGUGCUCCUUCGCCGCCCGGACAAGACCGUCACCACCGAUGAUGUGCCCGAGUCCGCCCCGCUGGAUGGUCAUUUCCUGAGAUACAAAUGGUAUCGUAUACAAAGUGAUAAAAAGGUUGCCUUAUGUAGUAUACAUCCAUCCGAACAAGCCACACUGCAGUGUCUUGGUUGUGUCAAGGCAAAAAUUCCUGUUGCCAAGAGUUACCAUUGCUCUCCCAAGUGUUUUUCAGAUGCGUGGCAGCAUCAUCGUGUUCUUCAUGACCGUGCGGCAAGUGCAGUGAAUGAAAAUGGGAAUGAGGAGGAAGAGUUGUUUGGUCGCUUCAAUAGCUCAUCAUCUGGAAGUCUCAACACCGGCUUAUCUAGUUCUGCAUCAACCCCAAGCUUGACAAAUGGAUCAGCACCUCUAUACCCGGCUGCUGUCACAAGGAAUGGUGGUGAAACAUGGUUUGAAGUUGGGCGCUCGAAAACAUACACACCAACAGCUGAUGACAUUGGGCAUGUUCUUAAGUUUGAGUGUGUCGUGGUGGAUGCAGAAACGAAAGUACCUGUUGGACAUGUUAACACUAUAUUAACUAACCGUGUCAUUCCAGCGCCAUCACCUAGUCCACGUCGCUUGGUUCCUGUAUGUGGAGCUGAUGUGAUGGGGCUAGAGGUGGAUGGACGCAUGUCAUCUUCGGGAACAUUUACUGUUCUUUCAUACAAUAUUUUGUCUGAUGUAUACGCCACUAGUGACAUAUACAGCUACUGUCCUUCAUGGGCUCUUUCUUGGCCAUAUCGCAGACAGAAUCUGUUGAGGGAAAUAGUUGGCUACCGUGCAGAUAUUGUUUGUCUUCAGGAGGUUCAAAAUGAUCAUUUUGAUGAAUUUUUCUCUCCUGAGCUGGACAAACAUGGCUAUCAAGCUUUAUAUAAGAGAAAGACGAAUGAGGUCUACAACGGAAAUCCACAGACAAUUGAUGGAUGUGCAACUUUUUUCCGCAGAGAUAGAUUUUCACACGUCAAAAAAUAUGAGGUUGAAUUUAACAAGGCUGCACAGUCCUUGACCGAUGCUAUGAUUCCAAGCGCACAAAAGAAAAGUGCAUUAAGUCGAUUAGUUAAAGAUAAUGUUGCACUCAUAGUGGUUCUUGAAGCAAAGUUUAGUAAUCAGGGAGGAGCUGAAAAUCCAGGGAAACGACAACUGCUUUGUGUGGCAAAUACACAUGUUAAUGUCCACCAUGAUCUAAAAGAUGUCAAGCUCUGGCAGGUUCAUACGCUUUUAAAAGGAUUGGAGAAAAUUGCUGCUAGUGCAGAUAUUCCGAUGUUGGUUUGUGGAGAUUUCAAUUCGACCCCUGGAAGUGCUCCUCAUUCGCUUCUUGCUAUGGGAAAGGUAGAACCUUUGCAUCCAGAUUUAGCAGUUGAUCCUCUUAAUAUAUUGCGCCCGCACACCAAACUGUUACAUCAGCUACCGCUGGUGAGCGCUUACUCAUCAUUUGCGAGACCAGGCGUUGGUAUCAGUUUGGAUCAGCAGAGGAGAAGACUGGAUCCUUCAACAAACGAACCUUUAUUUACAAAUUGUACUAGAGAUUUUAUUGGCACCCUAGAUUACAUAUUUUACACAGCGGACUCUUUAACAGUGGAGUCCUUAUUGGAGCUCUUGGAUGAGGAAAGCUUGAGGAAAGACACAGCUCUUCCUUCCCCAGAGUGGUCCUCUGAUCAUAUAGCACUCCUAGCUGAGUUUCGCUGCAAAUCUAGACCUAGACGUUGACACAUUCAGAUUGGCGAAGUUCGGGAGACAUCCUUCUAUCCAUCGAUCCAAGGAAAAAGUGGCCGAGAGAAGCCAUUGGAUUAAAGAUAAGUUAUUGUAAGAAUGGUAGAUCAUGCUUCAUGUUCUUUUCCAGGUCUCUCCUUGUGUGGGAUCCUUGGUUGCUAUGAUCUGCUUUGUAUUAUGAUGCCACACCUUUGUUCCAUAGAAAAAUUAUGAUUAUGCCUUUUUCAA